GAAGAACAUGAGAGUAAAAUCUUUAUCUAUUUAUUUGUUGACUUUUAACCAGAAACUUUGUAACUUUAUACAAACAAUUCAUAGCAUGGAUAAUAUCGAAUGUGUUAGAAUUAAAACAGAAGUCAUAAGUGACGCUGAGGACGAACCGAUUGACAUUAUGGAAACAGAUGAAAGUUCCAGAGAGUCUCCAAAUGAAAACCAGGAACUUACUUUUACAAACUUUUCAAUUGACGCUAUACUGAGACCAACUUUUGGAGUGAGGCCUAUACAAAGUGAAAGAAAAUCAGCUUUUGUAGAAAUUACAAGACAGAAUAAUCCUGUGCCUGUUCCUAGUCCGAAUGGUUCUGAAAAAUCAUAUAAGUCAUCUGGAUCAUCUUCAUCAUCUUCCAGUCCAGCAGUAUCACCAGGGUCGGAAUCAAGAUCGAUGUUGUUUCCUGCUUGGGUUUAUUGUACUCGGUAUUCAGAUAGACCUUCAUCUGGACCAAGAUCCAGAAAAAUGAAAAAGAGUAAGAAAGUAGAUGAAAAAAGACCAAGAACGGCUUUUACAAGCGAACAACUGUCUCGGCUAAAAAAGGAAUUCGAGGCCAAUCGAUAUCUGACAGAAGACAGACGACAGGCCCUUGCACUGGAACUAAAACUUUCAGACGGACAGAUAAAGAUUUGGUUCCAGAAUAAACGCGCGAAAAUCAAGAAAUCAUCUGGUGAAAAUAACCUUCUUGCGAUGCACUUAAUGUCACAAGGACUUUAUAAUCAUUCAACCGUAACAGACAGAGACGGAGAGCAAUAAUAUGAAGGAGUUUGGAAUGAUAAGUACACCACAAAUGCAGACGUCAUUGAAAAUAAUGUUUUUAUUUCUAGUCUCUUGUGUUUACGCUUGACUUGACCAAUAUGUAUAGAUAUAAUGAUCUCAGGGACGACAGAAGGGAGUGGUCAAGAUUACAGACCGGUACAAGCUCAGUAGAGCUGCUGACAUAAGUCCACUAUAAGAGAAAAAC